UGAUGAUUGUGGCUAUCGGCGUUGUACUUGUUGUCUUCUUAGUUAUUGUUGCUUGUCGCUGCUAUUGGAUUUCUACAAAAGUCGAUAAGCGUACAGGGAGAUGCAAAGUGCUUGCAGUUUUAGGCUCUGGUGGUCACACAACAGAGAUGCUUCGAUUACUUUCGGGUCUCUCAGAACGCUAUCAACCAAUAGAGUACGUAAUUGGAGAGAGUGAUAAGUUUAGUAUGGAGAAAUGCAGACGAUUUGAGGAGGAGAGAGCGAAACAAAGCCCCAGACAGCACAGUUUCCAUCAUAUUGUUCGGUCACGUGAGGUGGGUCAGUCAUGGCUCAGCUCCUUCUUUUCUACUGUGGCGGCUUGCGUAGCUGCUGUGCCAACAAUCUGUAGGUUGAAACCGGACUUGGUUUUAUGCAACGGACCAGGAACUUGUAUACCUCUUUGUGGCAUUGCAUACAUUUACAAGAUUCUUGGCAUACGUUCUUGUAGGAUCGUGUAUGUUGAGAGUUUAUGUCGUGUUGAAAGUUUGUCGCUGUCGGCGAAGCUUCUUUACUGGCUACGUAUUGCCAACGACCUCUUGGUUCAAUGGCCGGAAUUGCAAAAGAAAUACCCAAGAACUAAAUACAUCGGGCUUCUAGUCUAACAUGUUGUGAUGUGUACAGUAUAAAUUAAUCAUGUGAUUCAUUGUACUCAAGCCAGUGCAGUAUUGACGUAUCUAAGUCCUCAGACGUUGACAUGACCAGAGGAUGUAUGGAAUGACAAAGCAGGGCUAAAGCUGGAGUCUAUCUUAAUUAAUUGAUAAGGCUAUUUAGUGAUUGUAUGUUGCAUGUUGAAGAGUUCGGCGGUUGCAAAUGUAGGCGAGUAUAUUCAAUGUUUUAACUGUAUUGCCUAACUGAGAUCUAUCAUGUCUGUCGUCGACGAUCUACUUUGUUUUCUGUGUUUGGUAAAUUUUAUUGUAACGCUUACUAAUGCGUGUUAGGCCAUAGCACUAUUUGCUUCAGGUGAACUGCUAUCUGUUUAACUUAAGUUAAUUAAUUGAAUCCAUAAUAUUGUAGAUUGCAGCUUGCAUCAGACUGUGUGUGACAAGAUACUAAUAGUAUACUUUUUAAAUAGUAAUAAAAAUAUAAAUUAAAUGAGAAUAAUAUACUAAUUGAUUAUGUGAUUCGUUACUUUGUUGCCAUAGGUGAGUGUAUCCAUAAGUAUGCAAUAUAACGCGUGGCACCUCAAGGCACUAAUAACAAUGGU